ACGGUUUGGUUAAUUAGGCUCUUGCAUUUGACAUUAUCAAUGGAACUGAAGAUAACUCUGUUCAUAACUUUGAUAAUUUAUGUUACUUAGGACUUGAUCACAAUUCAGAACACUGGAACUUAUUGUAAUUGUUCUUGAUAAAUCUGUUGAUGAUGGGUUCUUUUUUUUUUGGGUCAAGGUAAGAAACAUUUAGACCGAGCAAAUGAAAAAGGCAAUGGUGGUGGUUAUUGAAAUGGCCAAACAGGUGAAAGGAAAGGUAACUUUCAAAAGUUGCUUUCUCUUUUUUUCUUCUUGUCAUUUCUCACUCUCUCAUAUCUCUUUCUUAUAGUCACGCCACUUCUUGACAGAGCAAAGCAAAAGAAAAGAAAAAAAAACUUGGCUAGUUCUUCUUAACCUUCUUUGUCGCCAUUGAUAUCAUCCAAUCACCAAGGUUCGCUGCAAACAUGUCUGAAUUUGCCUUGUCAUCUCAAGAAGAGACUCCAAAUAGGAAGAAGAUUGGUUUCUCUUCUCUUCUCCUCUCUUACUUUCAUCUCCUUUGCUCCUUCAUCCUCUCACACCCUUUCUAUUUCUCUUACUUGCUCUUCUUUUCACCUUACAUCUUCAAGAUUCUCUCUUUUCUUUCACCACUUUUUGUAACUACCACACUCUUGCUUCUCGCCUUGCUCAGUACUUUGCAUGUUCAAGACACUUGUCCUGACUCUGAAUCACUAGAAACACAACCAAGCUUCCUUUUUUCCUUUUGUAAAAAGCUUGGAAGUGUCUUGGAACACAAGUUUGAGGUCAAUGACGACGAGGGUUUUAAGUCCUUGGAGGAGUUGGAAGCGUAUAAGAUGGUUGUUGAGGCUUGCUCAAUGGAAUUACCUGCGUCCGAGAAUGAGAUGUGUUCGAAUGAAUUGACGUUUGUUGACAAAUUCUGUAGCCAUGAGAGCACGGUGCCGGAAGCUUUGACCGAUGAGACCCGUGAGGAGCACGUUGAGAUCAAACCGUUGAAGUUUGAGGAUGUGAUUGAUUUGGACAAAGAAGAAGAAACCAAGAAAUGUGAAAAGGAAGAAGAAGAAGAACAUAAAGUCAAACCAAAAAGAGACGUUGUCCUCGAUAAUGAAGAAGAGCCGACAAAAGAAGAAUCCAAGGCUCAAAAAGUUGACCUUGUCGGUGAUAGUAAUCAUGAAAGUUAUGAUUUCCCAAAACUUAGCGAUUUUCUCGGAGAAGGGAAGAGAAACGAAGUGAUCACUAAAAAGGAAGAAGAAGAAGACAAUGUUUCUCUCCAAAGCUUUGGAUCAAUGAGGAAAGAGAAAGAAUGGAGGAGAACAUUGGCUUGCAAGCUCUUCGAAGAACGACACAAUGCUGACGUUGGACAAGGCAUGGAUCAGCUGUGGGAGACUUACGAGACACAAACAGAGAAGAAACAUCAAACUGAAGAAGAUAAGAAGAAGCUCAAGAAGAAGACAAAGUCGAUGAUGAAGACAAAGAGCAUAGAGAAGGAAGUAAUAGUAGAGGAGGAAGAUGAUGAUGUGAUUGAUCAUCAGCAGCUUUGUUGCUUACAGGCUUUGAAGUUCUCAACAGGGAAGAUGCAUUUAGGAAUUGCGAGACCUAACCUUCUCAAACUAUCCAAGGCUUUCAAAGGCAUUGGACGUUUUUACAAUGCUAACAAACAUUCCAAGAAAGCUUGAAAAGGCGAUGAAUAUAAACUUUGUAUUGAUAUAUAAUUUCGAUCUAUAAAAAAUAUAUAUAUAAGUAACUAGAUAUAGACUUAUA